UCAGCGGAAAUUGCGAGAACGCUGGAAAAAGAGGUCCGUCACUUAAUAAGCACCACCGACUGUGUGAAGAAAACAGACGCAGUAAGUUUGACUAGAAAUAUUGAACAUCGUAUUUACAGUUGCAUUAAAAUUAUGCCACCGGGUAAGAAUUUUCGGAGGAGGAAAGAUGAUUCAUCCGACGAGGAAGACGAUGAGACGAAAGCCGUGGUCAGGUCCAAAUUGGAUGAAGCCAAGGAGCUUCAAAGUCUACGAACGAGACAGCAUGGAGUGAGCAUUGCAACUUUACUUGUUGGAGAGAAGCUUCCUUUGGAGGCUGAGCUUGAGGAUGACCCAUUUAAACUGAAGACCGGAGGUGUUGUGGACAUGAAGAAAGUUAAGGACAGAAACCGAGACAUGACAACUGAUGAAAACGACCUGAAUCUUGGCACCUCUUUUUCUGCUGAGACUAACAGACGAGACGAAGAUGCAGACAUGAUGAAGUACAUUGAGACCGAAUUAAAGAAAAAGAAAGGCAUGGUGGAGGCAGAGGAGCAGAAAGUUAAAGUGAAGAAUCCCGAGGACCUUCUCUACGAGCUUCCUGAGAGCAUUCGUGUCAAUUCUGCUAAAAAGACAGAAGAGAUGUUGUCUAAUCAGAUGCUGAGUGGAAUUCCUGAGGUGGAUCUGGGGAUCGAUGCAAAGAUAAAGAACAUCAUCAGUACGGAGGAAGCCAAAGCAAAGCUGCUUGCUGAGCAAAGGAAUAAGAAGAAAGACAACGGGACCUCCUUUGUUCCCACUAACAUCGCUGUAAAUUACGUCCAGCACAAUCGAUUCUAUCGCGAGGAUGUAAAUGCACCCCAGAGACGCCACAAAGAAGAGCCCAAAGCCAGGCCUCUGCGUGUAGGAGACACUGAGAAGCCAGCUCCUGAGGCAUCACCGCCCAAUUAUCGCAAGAGACCAAAUAAUGAGAAGGCAACAGAUGACUACCACUAUGAGAAAUUCAAAAAGAUGAACCGCCGGUACUAAUGUUCCAGCUUUUAGUGAAGACACAGUCAGUUAAUCUGGUCCUUUUUUCAUUGCCUGAAAGAAAUGUGUAAAUAUUUUUUAGUGUAUUGAAAAUUGUCUGCAGCUUACAAACAAAAAAGGUUUUGCAAUAAAACUUUCUUUCAAAACAA